CUUACAUGAUUUCUAAAACGGUCCUUGAACCAGUUACAAUAUUUGACAAACAAUUUAAAUCCCUUCAAAAAGAUCAAACCAAAGGAACUCGGAUCAAGGAGAGAAUGAUAGAGGAUGCAGUAGUACUUGUCCUCAAAUGGAGACAGCUUACUGAUGUUACCCUGAAGCAAGGAGCUGAAAUUAUUGGAGUAGCUAAAAAGAGUCUUGACGAUUACUUGCUCCAAUUACGCCUCGGGAGGAAAUAUGGAUUUGAUUUUAAUAAGCACUGAAAUAGUAAGAUCGGAAUCCUCCGUUCCUUCAAUAGAAGGAUGAAGAAGAAGCUUAAGGAAGGAAAGUUCCUCGCUGGCCGCAAAAGAAAGAAUGAGGAAGAAAAUUACACCUUGAUGAUUGAGAAGAUCAUCCAAGAAAUGAAUCAUUCCAAAAAUAUAACUUUAGAAUCUGAUGAAGAUUUCAAACAAGAUAGAAUGUUAGAACUAUCACUUGCGUUUCAACAGAAACAGAUUCCUCAGAAGAUGGUAGAAGGUUCGCAACUUGGAAUAAAAUCAGUUAAAUUUGACCAGAAUGUAUUCCACACUGAAAAUUCAGAGAAGAGCUGAAUUGACUUCCAUUACCAGGAGCCAGAAGACUUCCCAUCACAUUCAAUGGACUGGAAUCCAGUAGAUUUUUCAAACAGAGAUCUGUCUUUCCCCGGCUUUGAGGACCCAGCUAGAGGUGAAGAGAGCAAUGACUCCAUUAACAUUCAUUUCCGGUUGGGCUAAUCCCGUUCGCCGGAUUUUAUGGAAACUUAGAUGUAUUCACAUCAGUGACCGGUUUCUUAAAAAAGAGAGACCAUCUAUAUUAUUUUAUGAAAUAAAGCGUUUC